AUGAACAACGAACAACUAAAUAGACUUCCGGAAUCAAUUAAAAUCGAUGAUAUAACCUCCGGUAAAAUAGAUGCCAAUCUAAUCUAUGAUGAAAUAGAUCGAUUAAAAGCCGAAAUCAAUAUUCUUAAAAACGACAUGUCGUUAUUCUUAAAAGCAUUAGCAUCAAUCCCACCUAAUCAAUCUCAACAAGAAUAUUAUCGUAUAGUUAUCCUGAGAUUAAAAACAGUUCAAACUAGUAUUAAAGAAUAUUGUGAUAAAUAUAAUAAAUUAUUACCAAUUAUAAAUCUUGCUCAAAUUAAAUUAGGUCAUGAUGUCGAGGCACCACCUCCAAAUACAAGGAAUUCAAGAACUCCAACGGCUAAUAAUACUACUAAUAAUACACCUACUUUAAAUAGUAAAUCUACUCCAAUUAUUCCCAAUGGGAAUCCUCCUACAUUUCAAUCAAAUCCUAACAAUGGUCCAAUAGUUAAUGGAACUGGUGGUAAUAUAAAAAAGAGAGCUAACUCAGUUAAGAAGACAGCAGCAACCACUGGAGCUAAUAGUAAGAAUAUGGGUACCAAUUCAAAUCAACCGAUUAUCAUAUAG